AAUAUAAUAUUUAAUUCCCUCUUUCUUGUUUCGUUUUUCCCUUAUGCAACGAAAGCAAGUUCUGUUUAUGUUUUCCUUUUUUAUUGGUUAGUCAUACAGUAAUUGAUAAAUUGGUGGUGUUUAAGUUUAGUAAGUCGGCUUAGGCUUUCUUUCUAGUUUGUUUUUACCACAAGGAAUUGUGAAAAAAAAAUUGUUCUUUUGGAUUAUUAGUUUUUGGUUUACUAUGAUAGCUUCUGUUGGGUGUUUGAGUUCAAGAGUUGUGUGUUGUGAAGAAUUUCCAAUUAAGCUGAAGAAGGUUAACAGUGGUGUCUGGCCAGCUCAACAUGUAUUGGGUAACUCUGUUUGAACAGAAGGGAAGUAAUUACCUAAUGUUUUUUUUGUCUCUACUAGGGUUUGAACCCUGAAGAAGGUUAUUCCAGUUAUAUUUCAUGAGUGAUUUAGUAGAAUGAGAGGAUUAAACAAAUAGUUGCUUAGGUUCUUGGUUUGAUCUGCCAGAUCAGGCUGAUCUGUCCUCUCAGAAUCUGGAUUCGGGAUUUGAAGUUUAUGGUAUUCAUUUUGGAAAGCUGACUCCAGGAUGGAAAUUUGUUCUUUAUCUUUGACACCCUAUUACUGUGUUGUAAAUGUUAGACAGAAUGUGAUUGGAAAAUGCCUAAUUUCAAAUCAGGCAAUGUUUCCCAUACUAAAAGCAAGAAGGUUGUGUUCUGGUUUAGAUGUUUAUGGUGUAACGAAAAAGAGGAACCGGAGAUUUUGCACUAUCGCUACUCUAAAGGGGUUUGACGGUGUUGAAAGCUAUAACUCAGAUAUGCUAAAUGGGCAAGUCGGUACCCAAGAUUUGACUGGUAGAGGUAAAUCAGUACCAAAGGUUAUGAUUCCUAGUUUACCUAAUGAAACUAAAGGUGACACUGUUGCUGAAAUCGAUAGCUGUUUGUGGGAAUGGAAGCCGAAGCUGAAUGUUCAUUAUGAGAAAUCUGGAUGUCAAAAUGUGAACUCCGCACCAAUACUUUUUCUUCCUGGUUUUGGUGUUGGUUCCUUUCACUAUGAAAAGCAACUAAAGGAUCUUGGUCGUGAUUACAGAAUAUGGGCAUUAGAUUUUAUUGGACAGGGAAAGUCAUUACCUUGUGAGGAUCCAACUUCGCAAUCCAAAAGAUUAGAUGAAUCAGAAGGUGAUGGAAACAAUGUUCUCUGGGGUUUUGGAGAUGAAGCGGAACCUUGGGCAAAAGAACUUGUCUAUUCUGCUGACUUAUGGAGGGACCAAGUACGCUAUUUCAUUGAAGAGGUUAUUAAAGAACCAGUCUAUAUAGUGGGAAAUUCACUUGGUGGAUAUGUUGCGCUCUACUUUGCAGCAUGCUACCCUCAAUUGGUGAAAGGUGUAACCUUGCUGAAUGCGACGCCUUUUUGGGGAUUUCUUCCUAAUCCUAUUAGAUCUCCAAGAUUAUCUAGAUUGUUUCCAUGGGCCGGGACUUUUCCUCUGCCCUCCAAUAUCAGAAAACUCACAGAACUUGUAUGGCAGAAAAUUAGUGCUCCCGAGAGUAUUGCAGAGGUGCUUAAACAAGUUUAUGCUGAUCAUACCACAAAAGUGGAUAAAGUUUUCUCUAGUAUUCUUGAGGUAACAGAACACCCUGCAGCAGCAGCAGCCCUUGCCUCAAUAAUGUUCGCUCCUCGGGGACAACUAGGUUUUAAAGAGGCACUGUCUGGGUGUCGAAUGAACAAUGUGCCCCUCUGUCUCAUAUAUGGGAAAGAAGACCCUUGGGUAACGCCUAUUUGGGGUUUACAAGCGAAACGCCAAUUCCCUGAAGCUCCAUAUUAUCAGAUUAGUCCAGCUGGACACUGUCCCCAUGAUGAAGUCCCAGAGAUUGUGAAUUAUUUGCUGCGCGGAUGGAUCAAGAACAUUGAAUCUGAUAAUUCAGUUGCAUUGCCUCUUCUAGAUUAUCCAGAAAGCAUUGAAUACGACGUUGUCAAAGAAUUGGAAUUUGUUCGCCAAGGAAUGAAAAGAUCAGUAAAAGUGCAAUUUUAUGGAUCAGUGACUUCUCAAUGGGAGAGGCUUGGCAUGUUUCUAAAAUCUAGAUUCCAAUAUGGAGUUUAACUCUCCAUAAUUGCACAUAACUUUUUUCAUUUUUUUGUGCGCAUAGAUUACGCAUAUUGUGUGAUAAAUCCCCACAGUGUUCAUGGGUUACAUAACAAUUUAGCAAUGUAAAUUAUAAUUAGGUCAACAUAUAUAAAAGAAAAAUCUCAUUCCUUGAUUAA